AUGACUGAUGUCAGGUACUGGAAUCGAUACCCUGGUGCCAUGUGCGAUGUCGAAGGCUACGUGUAUCUUCCCCUGUUAGAGGAGACUGGCUACAUUCCUAAGCACAAGUACUCAUAUGGCAGCGAAAUCCGUCAACACCUGGAGAACGUCGCUGGUACCCUGAAUAUUCGCGGGAUGUUUGGAACUACAGUUCAGAGCCAGAUGUGGGAUGACAAAGCCGGUCGCUGGAUUGUGUCGAUGGUGCAGAACCGUGGGCGCAACAGAGAUCCCGUCCAGCUGACAGUGAGGACACAGUUCCUUUUCUCUGCUGGAGGCUUUCUCGUUUCUCCGCACCUUCCGAAGCUGCCCGGACUCCAGGACUUCAUUCAGAACAAGCGAUUAAUGCACACUGCACGUUGGGAUUACAACUACACCGGCGGCUCGCAAGAAAAGCCGGAUUUGUCGAACCUAAGGGAUAAGGUCGUCGGGAUAAUCGGCACUGGCGCGACCGCUGUCCAAGUCGUCCCGGAAGUCGCCAAAUGGGCAAAGAAGCUAUACGUUUUCCAGCGCACGCCUACGUAUGUCUCCGAACGCGGACAGAAAGAGACAGACCGGGCGACUUGGGCAUCGGAUGUUGCGACCAAGAAGGGUUGGCAAUACGAACGAAUGGAUAACCUCAACCGCUCUCUGACGAAUGACCCUCCCGAGAAGGAUCUUUGCAACGACGGCUGGAGUGAAUGCCAUGCCUUUGCCGGUGUGAUUGGGUCACCGAAGCCCUAUGGUGGAUGCCAAGAGGAGUCAUUGGCUUCGCUCAUCGAGACUGAUCGAUCUUGCGCCGAGCGAGUUCGCAGACACAUCGAAGAGCAAGUCAUGGGUAAGUCUGUUGCAGAGAGGUUGAAGCCAUGGUACGGAGUGUGGUGCAAGAGACCUGCCUUCCACGAAGAGUACCUGGCGUCUUUCAAUCGACCUAACGUCGAGCUCGUCGAUACAGAUGGGCAGGGAAUUGAGGGCUACACCUCCGAGGGAGUUCUUGCCAACGGAGGUCAGACAUACCCCCUGGAUCUUUUGAUUCUCGCCACUGGCUUUCAAAGCGUAACAUCUGGAGAUGGGUCGCCAUCCGGACAGACGGGAUCCACAUUCACAGGUCGCCACGGACGAGACAUCACCGAGAAAUGGAAUGGAGGAGAAGCUGGCUCCUUGUUUGGUGUCGCUACCCAUGGCUUUCCCAACUUAUUCUUUUCGGCUUUCUCCCAUUUGGGAACCUCUCCAAACAUCACGUCGGUCUAUGUGAAUGCAGCGGACGUCGUUGCGCACAUCAUUUCCACGGCCAUUAAGAAUGCAUCCAUUCCCGGAAAAACGGUCAUUGAAGUUACCAGAGAGUCUGAGGAAAGGUACAUCCAGCAAAUGAUUGAACGUGUGGGAUGGACAGCGCUCUCGCAAGCAUGCACUCCUGGGUGGUUCACUGGCAAUGCUAAGCUGCUGAAAGAAGGAAUGGGCGUAUCGAAUUUGGUCUGGGGAACAGGAAUCAUUGACUUUCGUAGGAUGCUGGAGGGCUGGAUGGCGAAAGGCAAUCUCGAUGGGCUGGCAGUCACAUCGGCAUCUGAGUAG